AGAGGGCGGUACUAGUCGCAGAAAGUCAUGCUGACGCCAGACUUCAGUAUGGCUCCCGCAGUAGGCCAUCCAUCUUGUAGAACCGACCCACCUAGCCAAUUAUAAACUGAUAGAAACUGAUAGUUAAGGUUAUAACGACGAACCAUGAGGGCAAAUGGGAUAUCCCUUUGCCUGUGUUUCUUGAUUGCGUCGUGUUACGUUGCAGCUGACGAUCUCCAUACUUGUAUCUCUAAACUUCAAAAUCUAGGAGAUGAUGUCAUACAACAAAUCAAGGAAGAUUACAAGUGUAUUUUAGAGAAUGAAGAGCCAGUCGAAAGCCCACAACCUGUCACACCGUAUGCUUUCCAUGGUGGGUUCAAAAAUACGUAUGUUGGUGAAGGGAUUGAUAUCCCCACAGGUGGAGCCGGUGGUACUGGGGGUGCAGGUGGUCCUGGUGGCCCAGGAGGAUCUUCAGUCACUCAAGAAUUUGAUGGCAAAUGCCGUCCUCCAUUUGAGGCACAUGGGGGAAAAUGCUAUUGCUUCGCAUUGAGUCCAGCUUUGACCUUUGAAGAAGCACAGAAAUCGUGUGAGAAUGAUAACGGCAACCUGGUUGUUGUGACUGAUCCAGACAUUGGGCAGUUCAUAAAGGACAGAGCAAGGGAGUUAUAUGCUGGCGACCUCUGGAUUGGACUAUCAGAUAGACAAAGAGAGCGUACCUUUGAAUGGGUAAAUGGAGAAAAUCCAACUUUUUACGAUUUCGCAACAAAUGGUCGUAAUGGCGGGAGUUCACAGAACUGCGUUCGUUUAAGAUCGGUUGAUGAUUAUAGAUGGAAUGACUUUUCCUGUGAUCGAAAACUAGGAUACAUUUGCCAAAAGACUCCAUCUGAAGACCAGCCGUUAAACCCACCCACGGAAAAUGAAGUAGUAGUUGGCUUUUAUUAUUGCCCACCGGGUGAUCAAGGUCCAAAUGGAAGCCCUGGUGUUCCUGGAUUGCCAGGGUUUGGGCCUGAACCAAUUCCGGUUAUGCCGUUUCGAAACUCUGGCAUAGCUUGUCCAGCCCGGAGGGCUAAACUCUUGGUUACGACAGCUUAUAAUAAAUACGGUGACAAAGUUCAGGUUUUGCAAAUAGGAUCCAAAAUUCGACAAUCGUUCCAAAUUAAUGCAUGUGUGUUCAAAUUUUGCAACUUCGGAUUUGGUCAGUGCCAACAGAAGUAUACAUGGCGACGAGCAGUUACUGUGGAAUCCUGUGACACAACCUCAAAACCUGUCCUUGCAGUGCAAUGGGUGACGGUACCUAGCAGCUGUGUGUGUUCAUUGGUGCCCCUUAACCUUUCACCUUUAGGAUUAGAAAAACUGAUAGGCCUUGUAGAGGGCCCAUAACACACGUGUAUUUAGUAAAUUGGAAACCUUUAUUACAUUUAGACUCUGGGUUUUAGCUCAAAGAAUUUAUAGAAUAUUUUUUCUUUUUCUAUUUUACUUAUAUAAUCAAGAGAAUAAUUCAUUAUAUGAAAAAUAUUACCAUCUAGGCUAAUAACAAAUGAUAAAUAAGCAUAAUACUUUUAUAUUAUAAUCACUAUAUGUUAUUUAACUAUGUAAUUAUUAUUGAAAUCGUUUAUUGAAUAAAACGUCACUGUGUAAUUAAAAAUACAAUAUAUAGUUAAUUUGAUAAUGUAUUAAUUGACUUUAUUUAGGCCUAACUGUAUUUUACUUGAAGUUGAUAUAAUCUUGUUUGCUGGCCGUUACCUUCAAUAGAAAAAAAGAGAGUUAUUAAAAAUGGAAAAUCAUAAAGAAAGCAUAAUUUUAGUGAUUAUGUAAAUAAUAAUAAAUAUUGCAAUGAAUACAGUAAUUAUAAUAAUAACAGUAAUGCUACUUAAACCUAUGAGGUGUAUGGUAUUAUUUGAAGAGUAAUAUAAAGUUUAAACGUUUAAACUACCUAUUAUGCGGUGUCAGCAACACGGUCACAUGACUGCUAUUUCAAUAUAGUUAAAUACUGAUGGUAAAUAUUUUAUUAAUGACAUAGAAUGUAGAGAGUCAUAAGCAAGUUCAAUUUCUUUGUGUAUACUGGAAGUUAAAUAUGGCAAUCUAGUAUUAUUAAAAAUGCUUCGAAAUAAAAUUGAACUAAAUCAAUA